AUGUCCUCCACAGGCCCAACUCGCCAAGCACUUGCUAGAUUGAUCAACAAUACUGACACUGCACCCUCACAGCGUGACCGACGGGAACGACGUCCCUCUGAGAAGGCAUUAUAUCAAGUUGAGGAAGCCCAAGAUCGCGAAGAUCGGCGCCAAGGCAAUCAAGCUAAAAUUUUCGGCACACAAUGUCUCUUUGUCCAAAGCAUUGCCCACUGUCCCACUGGAUUUAAGACCACGUGUGACUCACAGCUACCUACUCCUGCAUCAUGCCAAACCUCUGAUCGUGGAUGGCAAGAAGAUGUCCUUACAAAGGAAUCAGGCUUUAUUAAUGCUAGUCAUGCGUGUACCUCCAACAGCAACAUGUCGGCACAGAUGGCUCAAUCUGGGAGCGCCCCUCCGAUGGCACAGCAAAAACUAAUGGCAGCUCGCGCAAAUGAACUUAUUAAGCUUCGACAGGUGCAGACUGCGCAUACUACCUUUGAGGAUCAAGAUGAUGACAUGGGCGACACUUUUGAGGAGAAUGAGUACGAUGGCAACCUCGCACCCAUCGAUAGUCAGGAUACUGAUGCUGAUCACAACAAUGUCUCUGAUGAUGAGGAUUCUCGCAAGCACCCAGGUUACCUGGACUCUUCUGAUGAGGAGUGCAAUAGACCACGCAAUCGCAAACGCAGGCGCACCACUGAAGAUUUCUCAGAGGAUUCACCUUCCCCGCAGCAAUAUGAGCCACGCCUGCCAUGCAAAAUUCGCAAAAGCAAGGGUCGUGUUGCAGCACGUGAUUAUGAAGUCGCUGUGCAGCAACUCAUCAAAUCGCAUGACGCAAGUGUCAUGGGCCAAGGAAGCUUGGAGGGAGGCCUGUACCACACACGAAAUUGA